GAAAAAUAAGUUAUUGAAACCAAAAGAGGAAGUUAUAUUGUUUGGAAAAAAAUAUAAUCACCAACUGCGUAGACAUUUAAAUUUUAGUUUUCUGUAAAUUUAUCAGGAUGUUUCAUAUGCCAGAUUACUAUCACAAUAUAUCCAUGAGACUUUCUGAGGUCUUGGAUGAUAUUGGAGUAAAUGAAAAUAUUGUGAUAAAGAGGAGGAGGACAACUCUACUGACAGAAACUAUGGUGACAAUCAAUUUCAGAGCAAAUGGUAAACAAUGCAAUCUUUAUUAUUUAGGCAGUCAAUCAGAAGGCACCACAACAUUAGGACUGCAAUCAGAUAGUGACAUACUAUACUGUAUAGAUGGUGGCAUUGUAAUACAGGACUGGUCUGAAUGGACUCCAGGUAAACUUAACUUGCUGAUGAUCCAGAAUGAAAUAACACCACCUGGUUAUUGUCUUCUACAGGUACUUAGACCUGAUACUCCACUUCCUGCUACAGUUGAACUGGCUAAUAUAGCAGUAAAUGAUACACAUGGACGGAUCUUGUUCAAGAACACAAUAACUGAUGCUGCAUAUAUAUUGCAAGGACGUCAGCGACAAGGACCAUCAACAACAUUAGCUGCAGAACCAGGUUUUGUUGCACAAGACCUUGUAUUGGCAUUGCCUUGUAUAUCAUGUCCCCAGUCAUUAAGAGCUUGGCUGCACCAGCAAGAAACAAAUACAUGGCCAACAGCAGAAAUGAAGAGAUUUGCAAAAUCAACAAGGUGUUUUGUUGUUGGUGUUGGCAGCAGAGCAAGUGAAAAUGCAGCCUUUGAAUGGAGACUUUCUACCUCAUUAGCUGAACGCUGCUUGAUGUUCAAUUUGAAUAUUACUCAGAUAAAAUGUUAUAUCUUAAUGAAAAUGAUUCUUAAAACAUACAUUAAGGUUGAAAAUCUUGACAAUGAAAGUUACAUUUCAAGCUUCAUGUGUAAAACUGUUUUAUUUCUCUGUAUAGCAAGUAAACCUUCAUCUGUAUGGAAGGAGUGUAAUAUAUUAAACUGUUUAAAUUACUGCCUAUUUACGCUGAACAGUUGUAUAUUGAAUGAACACUGUCCCCAUUUCAUUGUUCAUGAAAACAAUCUAAUGGCAGGAAAAUUUUCUGCUGAAGUCAAACAGAAGUUACUUGAAAGAAUGUCAACUUUAAUCCCAUAUGAUGGAAUUUCACUGUUUGGAAUUCAGAUUGACAACCUUGGUAAAAGACUUCAGAUUAAGCUCAAUAUGAUAAAUGAGCUACAUUAUGUUUUACCACAGCCAGAUGAGCAAACAAUAUCUAUAACGGGUGUUUUGUUAGUUAUUAUAGCUCAAGAAGUUUCAGAAGUAGUGGAGAUAGGAGCUGGAAGUUUAGAAAUACUAUUACAGAAAAUGAUACAACUAAAAAGAUACUACAGAGCUGGUGACAUGUUAGAAAAGACAGCAUGCAGACUUCUAAUACCUCUACUUUGUACCUCAAUAGGAUCUCUGAUAGCCUCACAGAACAUUCAGAUUAACAACACAGUUUCUCCUCAAGCACUUACAUGGAUUGAAGCUGGAUUGGACUCAGAUGUUGCUUCAAGCAGACUAAAACUUGCAUCUAUAAUGUACUGUGUAGGCAACGCAGAAACAGCUGCUUCAAUUCUUUCUCAUAUAGAAGAACGAUAUAAAACAGAAGUUACCGAGCCUUUAUGUCACUGCUACAACUUCUGUAAAUCUUACUUUAAGACAGGAUUUGGUCGACUUUCUAGUCAAUAUGGUGUAGAGGCUUUAAAAUACAUUGUUGCAUUUUGUGUAAAAUUUUUCACUUGGGAAAUAAACUGUGUACCACAUGAACUUCAGUAUGAAAUGUUUAGGUCAACACAAGAGGACCUUCAACACAGAGGUAUGUUUGAUGACUGGAUGGACUGUGCUGUAGUAGACUCACUGCCAUACCUUUACUUUCUACAAUACAAGACAUACAGCUUCCUACAGAGACCCGAGGAACAGCAACAAGCACUGAACAAACUUGGGUGGGUUAUUAGAACAGAGCACAACCUUGGACACAGAGAAACAGCACUGAAUUUACUGGGACAGUGUAUGGAACUGGAGAACAGACCUGCUGAUGCUCUACAAUGUUACAUGUUAUCUUUACGCCUCAGAGAAAGAAACAAUGCUGCCAGAUUUCAUAUCUGCAGGUGUUUGGCUAAUACAAUCUCAUAAAGAUCUACCCACCUGAACUGACUGGCGAUUCUGAUUUUCAACUGACACAAUGACAGAAAUAAUUCACAUUUCAAAAAGCUAUUACUGUUGUUAUGAGCCAGUGUUAUAUUACCUACACUUAUCAGGAAUAGUUCUCAAUGAGAGUGAAUAUCAGUAAAACUUUGUUACUUAUUUUACCAACCCUACAGAAAAGGUUAUCAUAAUUGCAACAGGCACAUUAAAUUUCCAAAAUACUGAGUAGAUAUACUCUAAGAUAAAAAUAAUCAUACUUUAAAAAGUUUCACCACCACUGUAAAUGAGUAGCUUUAAAGUGGCAUUAUGCGCAUCUUACUGCACAGUGUGUUUUUGGUAAAUGUUUUAUAAAAGCAAUUUUCGGUGGCUGUGCAUUUAAAUGUAUUAGAUUAACGAUAAUAAUGCAGAAGUAUUUGAAGUUAAUGCUUUAGAAAUAAAUAAAUCUGACUAAUGAAAUAAUAGUUCUUUUCUUCAAUCUUCUGAGCAGUGAUCUCCCUUACCUAUAGGUAGAGAGUUCUGAAGUUGAAGGGAAGCAACUCUUUCAUGCAGUUCGACUUUUAUGAAAAAGACUUCCCUAUUCAAAAUAUGAAAAGUCAUAUCUGGAAAUUUAUUAUUUGGUAUUGGUAACAGGAAGAGUUUGGUAUAUUGGAUUAAAAGCUAUAAUUUUCUCCACUCUUUUUACACAUACAUCUAUUUCAGCUGGGUUUUUACUUGAAAAUUGUGCAUAAUUCCACUUUAAAUGUACUGACUUGAAUUCCACUCUUGCAUACUAAGAAUGUACUGACUUGAAUUUCACUCUUGCACACUAAGAAUGUACCGACUUUGCUGUACAGAGGAUAUGAUUGUGAUACAGGACUGGUCUGAAUUACUGUAAAAUCAUUUAAUUUCGUUGGCAUGAAAUUUCAUGGUUUUGGUCAAAACGGCAAUUUCAUGGGGAUAUAAAUUCGUGGAUAUCACCUUUCGAACAUAAAAUGAAUGUGAAUUUUUCUUGUUCAUUGGGAUGUAAUUUCGUGGAUUGACUCAACCAUGAAAUUCAUGAAAAACAAUGAUAUAUUCUCUUGUACACUACAUAUCCAUUUUGUUGAAUUGUAUUAUUUAUGCUUAUAUUUUCUUUUCUCUGGCCACAAGACAUAAAUUUCUUUUUUCUUUC